CGUACGGAGUUGGAAAAGCAAAAGACCAAAAACUAAAAACCAAAACAACCAUGAGUAUAGUUAGAUUAGAAGAACAAAUAACUAUAUUAACAAAAAAAUGCGCUACUUAAGGAUGGAACCCAAUUCUAUGGUGGAGAAAAGCAAAGCAUACCCCCCACAUUUUAAUAUCCAACCUGGAAAUUACAAUUCACAUAUACAUUCUCUCUCCUCCCAUCUUCACUCUCUUCUCUGCUGCUCUUCACCUUCACCCCUCUCACCCUCUUUCUCUCUCCUCCCCCUUCAAGAGAGAGAAAUUCAGAAAAUACCCCCAUUUAAUUUUAUUCUACGGAGUACAUCACUAAUUUAACCAAAAUAAAUAAAUAAAUUAUUAUUCACAAAAAUAUAAAGUUAGAGGAGAGAGAAAAAUCAACCAUCAUCAUCAAUUACAGUGGUUGGGUGGGGUUGUACCACCGCCCUUACCACCACCUCCACCACCACUUUCGCCGCCUUCAUGGAUUCUCUCCCUCCUCCCUCUCUCUCCUUCCCAUUUCUUCUAGAAGGAGGAGAGAGAAUUUAAUUUCACCAUUAUAAAAAUUAGAUUCGGAUUCUCAUUUCAGAUUUUGGGAAGAAUAGAAACAAGAAGAACCAGAACCCUAGUUUUUUCAAUUUUUUCCCCAAAUCAGACCGUUAAAAUGCAGUGGCUUCUUCGAUUUUCCGGCUUCUUUUCCGCCGCAUUAAUCAUGAUUAUUUUAUCUCCUUCCCUUCAAUCUUUCCCACCAGCAGAAGCAAUUCGAUCAUCUUCGCCAUUUUUAGAUCAUCGAUUUUCAUUCCGAAGCUCCCCGGCUUUUCGCAACGCCGAUGAAUGUCGUUCAACAACUCAUUCUAGCGUCUGUGACCCCUCAUUGGUCCACGUGGCUAUCACCCUUGACGUCGAUUACCUCCGUGGGUCAAUCGCCGCCGUGCAUUCCGUCUUGCAACACUCUUUCUGUCCGGAGAAUGUUUUCUUCCAUUUUCUCACCUCCCACGAAACUCGAAACCUCGAGAGUCUCGUGAAAUCCACCUUCCCUAACCUCAAAUUCAAGCUCUACACCUUCGAUGAUCGCAUCGUUCGCCCGUUAAUAUCGACCUCUGUUCGUCAAGCUCUUGAACAACCCUUGAAUUACGCGAGGAAUUACCUCGCUUCCCUGCUCGAGCCCUGCGUUCGUCGCGUCAUCUAUUUCGACUCCGAUCUCAUUCUUGUCGACGACAUUGCUAAGCUAUGGAACACGAAACUCGGGUACAAGACAAUCGGGGCACCGGAAUACUGCCACGCCAACUUCACCAAGUACUUCACCCCGGUAUUCUGGUCACAACCCCGGUAUUCCGGCACAUUCAAAAACCGGAAACCAUGCUACUUCAACACAGGGGUAAUGGUAAUUGAUCUUGUAAAAUGGAGGGCGCAAGGUUACACAAGAAGAAUUGAAAGGUGGAUGGAAAUUCAAAGGAAAGAAAGGAUCUACGAGCUCGGCUCAUUGCCACCGUUCCUAUUGGUGUUUGCCGGACAUGUAGCUCCAAUCGAACAUCGAUGGAACCAACAUGGAUUAGGAGGUGACAAUGUAAGAGGGAGUUGCAGAGAUUUACACCCUGGUCCGGUAUCUCUUCUCCAUUGGAGUGGCUCCGGGAAGCCAUGGUUGCGACUCGACGCCCGUAACGCUUGUCCUUUGGACUCGCUUUGGGCGCCUUACGACUUGUACGUUCACACCACGCGCCGGUAACUUUCACCCGUGUUAUUUUUUUCUUUUUUCAAUGAUUUUUACGGUUCUUUUAAUUGUUCAUUUUUUAUUUACUCUUCUUCCCCCUUGUGAUUUUUAAUUUAUGUUCUUUGUUUUUUUUUCUUAUAAUUUUUAUUAAAAUGGGGGAAUUUGUCAAUUUUUUUGGUCUUUAAUUGGAUGGAUGGAAGGUUGGGUACUAGCUUUUGUCAUCAAUUAUCGGGUAAUGGAGAGUAUAAUCAUGAUAUGAUGGAAUAUAUUAUUAUCA